CAAGUUCAAACAGCUGAUCCGAUUUGUUGUGGAUUUUCAUGUGAUAUAACGAAGUAAAAACAUUAGAAUCGGGCCAGAGGACACGUCUAGGAUGUUCCAGCACGGCCCAAUGCUGUGGCGACCACUGCUCGUUCUGCGCCAGCUGCACCUGAGUCAGCGGCAGCAGAUCAGUCACUACGAUGCCCUGGGAAUCGGACGCAGUUGCACCCAGAACGAGAUCAAGGCAGCCUACUACAAGCUCUCGAUGCUCUACCAUCCGGACAGGAAUCAGGGCAGCGAGUCCGCCGCCAAGAAGUUCCGGGAGAUUAACCAGGCGUACGAGAUCCUUGGAAACUACCGGUUACGUCGCCUUUAUGACAAGGGGAUUGUACACACAGCGGGCGCCCAAUAUUCCCAGGAUGUCCAAGAUGUGGCGGAACCCGUGGUGGAGGACGAUCCGGAAACGAAGUUCUACAAGUCGCGUUUUCAGAAAUCUCGUGUAGCCGACUCGGAGGGCCGCACGCCCAUAUACGAUUUUGACGAGUGGUCGCGAAAUCACUACGGCAAAUCUUUCGACCGGCGACAGGCCGCCCAGGCCAAAUAUGAUCGAAUUAGGGUGCAAAAGGAGACUAACAAGAUGUCUGGUCAGACGGAUAUGGUCCUGCUAUCCUUCCUGUUCUUUGGAGUGGCCGUUUACCUAAUGUUCCUCGCCGAGAGCUCAUAUGACACGCCCAAACAGAGGGCGGAGGAGCGGCACAGACGGGAGCGGGAAGAGCGGGAGCAACAGGUGGCCGUGAAGAAAUCGUAGAGUUCUCUAGUCCACAGUGUAAAUAGAGUUAAGUUUAAUCAAUUAAAUCGGAAGGCUAUUUUUGUGAAUAAGA